AUGGCGAAGCAAGGAAGGAAGAUGAGGACUCGUAACACCGUCUCUGACUCGGAGACCUCCGCGAUACGGAACAGAUCUCAACAUUCCGCAAACGAAGACGACAAACCUGACGUUGCGAUCGUUCCGCCGCAGAAAUCAACACCUCACCGUGUUCAACCUUCUGGAUCACAUCCGGCUGGUAUACCUUCCAUUGACACUACUCAUAGUCCGUAUUUCUUGCAUUCAGCUGAUCAACCUGGUUUAGUCAUCGCAAAUCAGAAGUUAGAUGGUUUGAACUAUAACAACUGGCAUAUUGCGAUGAGGAUGAGCCUAGAUGCUAAGAAUAAAAUUGGAUUUGUGGAUGGAUCGUUACCAAGACCGGCUCAAGAUGAUCCUAUGUUCAAGAUUUGGAGUCGAUGUAACAGUAUGGUGAAAUCGUGGCUACUUAACACUGUUACUCAGAAGAUUUAUGAUAGAAUCCUUUACUAUGAUGAUGCUGUUGAGAUGUGGAAUGAUCUUUACUCACGGUUUCGUGUUAGUAACCUUCCUCGCAAGUAUCAGUUGGAGCAAUCCAUCGCGAUGUUGAAGCAAGGAUCUCUGGAUUUGUCUGCUUACUAUACGAAGAAGAAGACGUUAUGGGAGCAGCUGUCUAAUACCAGAAUCACUACAGCACGAAGAUGUCAAUGUGAUCAUGUAAAGGAGCUAAUGGAGGAAGCAGAGACUAGUAGAAUCAUUCAGUUUCUCAUGGGGCUCAAUGAGAAUUUCGCUAACAUUCGUGGCCAAAUCCUUAAUAUGAAGCCGCGACCGAGCCUCACUGAGAUCUACAACAUGCUUGACCAAGAUGAGAGCCAGCGAAUUGUAGGUUCAGCACAACGCACAACUAAUCACCAUGUUGCUUUCCAAGUCCAAGACACACUCACUUCAGAGCCUAAUCAAGUACUUUUGUCUCAAGGGAGUUAUCACAAAGUGAAGUGCUCUUACUGUUCUCGACUUGGACACACGAUUGAUAAAUGCUACAAGAAGCAUGGUUACCCCCCGGGAAUGUUCAAAGGGAAGAAACCUAAUGCUGUUGCCUCUACCAACAUGGCUCUCACUCCGUCUGUCAACAGGAUCAUGGUCAACAUGAAGAAGUCUCUUGCGAUCAACUCUCUAAAGAUCAACUUCUGUCUAUGA